AGCCCAACCAUUUCUACUCUUAUCGUCUCCCUCUUCCUCUUCCUCUCACUCCUCCAUGCUAAUUAUGGAGUCUCUUUCUUUGCUCCUCUCAUCCUCUCCACCUCUUCAAAACCACCCUAGAACCCUUAAAUCUACCUCCUCCAAAUCCACUUCUAUUCUCCCCAACUCUCUCUCUCUUUCUUCUUCUUCAACCCAUUCUUCCACCACCCAAAUAAACGAUCUUUCUCUUCUCAAAACUUUAACCAAAACCCAUCUCUCUUUCACCAUAGUUGACCUCUUUACUUCUCUCCCUUGCCUUGCAGCUGAAACUGUUGUCUCUUCAACCGAACCGGCUUCAGACAAAAUAAACUUGGAGUCAAUCUUAAUCUCCAUUGAUGACUUCUUCAACAGAUACCCUUUCUUUGUUGCUACCUGUACAUUCAUUUGGCUUUUUGUUAUACCCUUAACCCAACAGUACUUAAGCAAAUAUAAGUUGGUCUCUGCCAUUGAUGCUUUUAGGAAACUCCGUGAUGACCCUAAUGCUCAGCUUCUCGAUAUCAGGAACACCAAGACUUUGGUGUCUCUGGGGUCUCCCAAUUUGAAAUCUUUAAGCAAGAGUGUGGUUCAGGUUCAAUUUACUGAAGGAGAUGAAGAUGGGUUUGUUAAGAAUGUGUUGGAUAAUUUUGCUGACCCUGCAAAUACUGUUCUCUGUAUUAUGGACAAUUUUGAAGGUAAUUCCUUGACUGCGGCGGAGUUGUUGUUCAAGAAUGGGUUCAAAGAGGCUUAUGCAAUCAAGGGUGGGGUUAGAGGCAAACAAGGGUGGUUGGAAAUACAGGAUACCUUAUUGCCACCUUCUGUACACAUCAUACCAAGGAAGAAAAAGAAGGCUAAAGUUUCGCAAAAGCUUGGGAUAAAUGGAGUUAACCAACAAUCUGGAGAUAAAAAGGAGGACUCCUCAUCUUACCCAGAUCUGAAACCACCAUCCUCGCCGACGCCAUCAAAGCCAUGAAACCAAUGCUACAAGGAUCUUGCUCAAAUUCAAUCAUCUUUGAGAUUCAUCUUCUGGUAAGCCAUGAAACUCAAGGAUCAAAGCGAUGAAACUGAUGCUUCAAGGAUCUUGCCGAAACUCAAUCAUCUUUGAG